AUUUAUGGGAUUGAAGCACCAGCCUUAGGCCCACCGAAACAAUGGCGACACUAAUCAUCUCAAACCCUUCCUCUUCCACUCUCGCGCUAACUCACCACCACAAACUAGCACCACGAACUCUAUUCAACACCCCCUAUGUAUCCAACUCGCGGUCGCUUCGCUUCACCGUCGAUUUGGGUCGCCGAAGAAGACACUUGUCGCUUGUGACACGCGCAGGCCCCACCACCAGCAACUACAUCUUUGCUUUCGUCUUGCCACUCUCUCUUCUCGCUAUCACAAUCUUUACUUCUAUCAGAAUCGCCGAUAGGCUCGACAAAAAAUUUCUCGAGGAGAUUGCAAUUAAUCAAGAAUUAUUGGAAGCAGAUGAUGAGGAGGAUGGUGAUGUUGGCCUUUCUUUAGACAAAGAACCUGCACUUCCACGCACUCGUAAUCGGCCCAAACGGGAAGCUUAGACUUGAUCAAUGUAACUUCAUUAUUUUAGUUGAUUCAAUAUAAGGGAAGCAACUAGAGUUCAGUUGUGGUAAUAUAUUGUUUAUAUAACUUGGAUUUUGAAUCGAAAUGUUUGUGUAUUUUAUAAGGAAUUAAAUUUUUUAAUUGUUGUAAGCGCUCGUUACUAUUAGAAUGAUUAAUGUAACCAUUUGAUUCUUUCUAAGGGAGUUCAUGGCAGAUCA